GACAACAAUGUCGGUCCAAUCUUUGGUUAGCCGCAAGAAAAAGAGUUUUAUCGGUUUACCGGCACCUCUUGGAUAUGUUCCUGGAUUGGGAAGAGGAGCUACUGGAUUCACCACCAGAUCUGAUAUUGGUCCUGCCCGAGAUAUAGAUGAUAUAUCUGAUGACAGACAUGCACCACCUGUCAAGAAAAGUAAGAAUGAUGAAGAAGAGGAAGAAGAUCUGAAUGAAGCUAAUUUUGAUGAGUUUGCUGGCUACGGAGGGAGUCUUUGUUCUAAAGAUCCCUAUGACAAAGACGAUGAAGAAGCAGAUGCUAUAUAUGAAGCUGUUGAUAAGAGAAUGGAUGAAAAGAGAAGGGAAAGGAGAGAAAUCAAGUUGAAAGAAGAGCUUGAAAAAUAUCGUCAGGAGAGACCAAAAAUUCAGCAGCAAUUCUCUGAUUUAAAGAGAGAUUUAGCAGAUGUAACUGUGGAUGAUUGGUUGAAUCUACCAGAAGUAGGAGAUGCCAGAACAAAGAAACAGAGGAACCCCAGAGCUGAAAAAUUUACCCCUGUGCCAGACAGUAUGUUAGCUAGGGCAGCUGCCAGCACUGGUACAAGUAACUCACUAUCUGAUCGUGACCAGAAAUAUGGUGGCCAUUCUUCAACUUUCGGGGCAAUCACACCACUAGGUGGCACUACCACCUCAGACAUCGAUAUGAAGAAGAUUGGCCAGGCGAGAAACACACUGAUGGAUAUUAAACUCACUCAGGUGUCCGAUUCUGUUAGUGGUCAAACUGUGAUGGAUCCCAAAGGUUACCUCACUGACCUCCAAUCCAUGUUACCAAGUCAUGGGGGCGAUAUCAAUGAUGUAAAGAAAGCAAGGUUGUUGUUGAAGUCCGUGAGGGAAACCAACCCAAAACAUCCUCCAGCUUGGAUAGCCUCAGCAAGGUUAGAGGAAGUGACAGGCAAGGUGCAGGCAGCCAGAAACCUCAUCAUGAAGGGUUGUGAGGAGUGUCCGAAGAGCGAGGAUGCCUGGCUGGAAGCUGCCAGACUUAUGCCAGGCGACCAGGGCAAGGCUAUUGUUGCCCAAGCCGUGCGACAUCUACCAUCGUCUGUGAGAUUGUGGAUCAAGGCAUCUGACCUGGAAAAUGAAUUAAAACCAAAGAAACGGGUCUUCAGAAAAGCACUGGAGCACAUCCCAAACUCUGUUAAACUAUGGAAGAUGGCAGUGGAGCUUGAAGAUGAGGUGGAUGCCAGGAUCAUGUUGAGUCGAGCUGUUGAAUGUUGUCCUACAAGUGUUGAGCUUUGGUUAGCCUUAGCUAGACUGGAGACGUAUGAGAAUGCUCGUAAAGUUCUGAACAAAGCUCGCGAGAACAUUCCUACUGACCGUCAGAUUUGGAUCACAGCUGCGAAACUGGAAGAAGCCAACGGCAACAUACAAAUGGUGGAGAAAAUUAUAGACAGAGCUCUGAAUUCUCUCCGAGCCAACAUGGUGGAGGUGAACAGAGAACAGUGGAUUAAGGAUGGGGAGGACUGUGAGAAAAGUGGCAGUAUCAUCACCUGUCAGGCAAUCAUCCGGUCCAUUAUCAGUGUUGGUAUUGAAGAAGAAGACCGUAAACACACGUGGAUGGAGGAUGCUGAAUCGUGUGCUGUGAAUGGAGCCUAUGAAUGUGCUCGGGCCAUUUAUGCCUUUGCUUUAACUGAGUUUCCAAGUAAAAAGAGUAUAUGGUUACGAGCAGCCUACUUUGAGAAAAGUCAUGGUACAAGGGAAUCACUGGAAUCCUUGUUACAGCGAGCUGUAGCCCAUUGUCCCAAGGCUGAGGUUCUGUGGCUGAUGGGAGCUAAAUCAAAGUGGCUUGCUGGUGAUGUUCCAGCAGCCAGAAGUAUCCUGGCUUUAGCAUUCCAGGCCAAUCCUAACAGUGAAGAGAUCUGGUUAGCUGCUGUGAAGCUGGAGUCUGAAAACAAUGAAUUUGAGAGAGCCAGGAGACUCCUACAGAAGGCUCGCGCUAGUGCCCCUACAGCACGGGUGAUGAUGAAGUCUGUUAAGCUUGAGUGGUGUUUAGGAGAGAUAAAGAAUGCCAACACACUCCUGGACGAAGCAGUCAAGCAUUACCCAGACUUUCCAAAGUUAUGGAUGAUGAAAGGACAGAUUGCUGAGCAACAGGGCAAGAGUUCUGAGGCUAGAGAGGCAUACAGUCUUGGACUGAAGAAAUGUCCAAAAGCAAUUCCUCUCUGGCUGUUGACGUCAAGACUUGAAGAAAAAUCUGGACAGUUGAUAAAGGCUCGGUCCAUCCUGGAAAAAGCCAGACUAAAAAACCCACAACAGUCACAUCUUUGGCUAGAGGCUGUGAGAGUGGAAAACAGAGGCAGCUUAAAAAACAUUGCACAGACCUUGAUGGCAAGAGCUAUCCAGGAUUGUCCUAAUGCUGGUAUUCUGUGGGCAGAGUCAAUUUUCAUGGAGCCUCGCCCCCAGAGGAAAACAAAAUCUGUUGACGCCCUGAAGCGAUGUGAACAUGACCCUCAUGUACUUCUGGCUGCAGCCAAGUUUAUAUUUUGGGCGGAGAGGAAAGUGAACAAAGCUAGGGAAUGGUUUAAUCGUACCGUGCGGAUUGACCCUGAUCUAGGCGAUGCAUGGGCAUACUAUUACAAGUUUGAACUCCAACAUGGAAAUGAGGAAUCACAGAACAAUGUGCUGACUCGCUGUGUGAAUGCUGACCCUCGUCAUGGUGAAAAAUGGUGCCAUGUUUCUAAGGACAUAAAGAACUGGCGUCUUCGCACAGAACAAAUCCUUCCUCUUGUGGCAGAUCUCGCAGCACUUCCGACAUGACAUCAUUCAACAACAGCUCAUAUUUAAUAAAUCCAAAGCUGGUUAUGUAAGGGACAUGAAUAGAUUUGUGUAACUUUAAGAUAUAUAACAUGUUCAGUGGGAUAUUGCCAAGAGUUUGUGCAUUACAUUGUACUGUAAUGGAUCUGAGGAGGUUACUUAACAGGUAAUCUUUAAAAAGUUGUGGAACAUGUUGGUUAACAAAUCAUGUUAGUUAACAGAACAUAGUUAAUGGAACAUGUUAGUUAACAGAACAUAGUUAAUGGUACAAGUUGGCUAACAGAAUGUGUUAGUUAACAUAACAUAGUUAAUGGAAUGUGUUAGUUAACAGAACAUAGUUAAUGGAACAUGUUGGUUAACAGAAUAUGUUUGUUAACGAAUCAUGUUAGUUAACAGAACAUAGUUAAUUGAACAUGUUAGUUAACAGAACAUAGUUAAUGGAACAAGUUGGCUAACAGAACGUGUUAGUUAACAGAACAUAGUUAAUGGAAUGUGUUAGUUAACAGAACAUAGUUAAUGGAACAUGUUGGUUAACAGAACAUAGUUAAUGGAACAUGUUGUUUAACAGAACAUAGUUAAUUGAACAUGUUAGUUAACAGAACAUAGUUAAUGGAACAAGUUGGCUAACAGAACGUGUUAGUUAACAGAACAUAGUUAAUGGAAUGUGUUAGUUAACAGAACAUAGUUAAUGGAACAUGUUGGUUAACAGAACAUAGUUAAUGGAACAUGUUGGUUAACAGAACAUAGUUAAUGGAACAUGUUGGUUAACAGAACAUAGUUAAUGGAAUGUGUUAGUUAACAGAACAUAGUUAAUGGAACAAGUUGGCUAACAGAACGUGUUAGUUAACAUAGCAUAGUUAAUGGAAUGUGUUAGUUAACAGAACAUAGUUAAUGGAACAUGUUGGUUAACAAAAUAUGUUUGUUAACGAAUCAUGUUAGUUAACAGAACAUAGUUAAUGGAACAUGUUGGUUAACAGAACAUAGUUAAUGGAACAUGUUGGUUAAAAGCAUCAAGUGUCAGUUAAAUAUUUUGCAGAAUCAAAUGUUAUAUAACAGAAUCAAGUGUCAGUUAAUUGAACAUGUUAGUUAACAGGUACAUGUUAGUUAGCAGGUACAUGUUAGUUAACAGGUACAUGUUAGUUAACAGGUACAUGUUAGGUAACAGGUACAUGUUAGUUAACAGGUACAUGUUAGUUAACAGGUACAUGUUAGUUAGCAGGUACAUGUUAGUUAACAGUACAUGUUAGUUAACAGGUACAUGUUAGGUAACAGGUACAUGUUAGUUAACAGUACAUGUUAGGUAACAGUACAUGUUAGGUAACAGUACAUGUUAGUUAACAGGUACAUGUUAGUUAACCAAAUCAAGUGUCAGUAAAAUGUUAUUUAACAGAAUCACUCAUGAUUGCUGAUAUUGUUAUAGAACCAUGGAGUCUUUUUUACAGAAAUGUGUAACACAUAAUGUUAACCGAUCCAAAGAUGGCUAUGUAAUGGACUUACAUAUACCGUACAAUUCCAGUGCACACAAGGGAACAUGUAAUUGUCUGUAGUAUCUUUUACAACAAUAAACAAUUAUAUAUGAUGUAGUAAACUAGAGUGACAACAGUGGAAUACAGUCCAAUUGUUUUAACAAUGGUGAUUCAUUGAUACAGGAAGUGAAUGUGUUUCUUUGGAAAAUUUCAAUUAGAAGUACUACUACCUGUAACAUAGAAAAGGAGAUCCAUCAAGUUAUCAGUCAUGAUACAUUCAGAAUAAAUUGAACCAGAAUAAAAACUAUUGACGUGAUGCAUUAAAAUUCAUGAAUUAAUUUCAUACAAACUCUUUUAUAUUGACAUGAGGAUACGAAACAAAUUUUGUCUUCACUUUCAUGUAAACUAAAAAACUGUUAUUUGUAAAGAUAAAUAUUUUCAUUUUUAAACCACUACAAUAUUGACUUGUCUCAAACUGAAAUGCUUGGUCUAUCUCAAAAUAUGCACAAAUAUCUGAAUCUUUCAUUAGGACUGGUGUACCUUGUGUUACAGAAUGAAAGGAUAAUCCUUAUUUACACACUUGCUCUGAGGUGUUUUAUGUAGUGCUAUGUCUGUUCUGGUAUGUGUGUCAGUGGAUGAUGAAAGAAAGAGGAAAAAAUGAUAGAUGUACACUGAGAAUUAAAUUGAUUUCCAUCUU